AUGGCAUUGGACAACCUUCUCAAAGUUUUCGUGGCCUCAUUCUUCUUCUUAGCCUCUGUCUUAGCCGCAGGAGAUGCAAGUAAUGCAUCACAACACGUCGUCGCCAACACCAUGGAUGACUCCAGUGUCGAUAUGACUAAAGUUCAGAAAUACAAAUCUCUCUUCAGCGAAUAUCAGGACCAGGAUCGGCAAAGACCCGUCUUUGACGAAAUCAUUCAAGAUGCCGAAGAAGCACUCAGCAUCGACAAAGUCUUCGACAAUGCUUUCAAGUGGAAAGACAUCAUUCACGGGUCACCCCUCUCCGCAGAUUGCCCUCCUCAAUGCUAUGCUUGCGCGGCCGGUUGUAAUCCUGCUUGUUGUCUCGUGGCCGGAGGUCAUGGUCCCAACUUCCAGCCUGGGCGCCCACCCAAGGGAGGAAAAAAGGAUUCUGAACCUGCUGACUCCUCCGCGGCGGACCGGCCUUCCUACGGAUUUCCCGUCUUCCGCCCUUUCCCCAUCCCUCCGCUGGCGUGCCCUUGUCACUGCGAAGCCAGCUGUCCACGAAACAUUCAGGCCAUCUGCUGCUUUACUCCUGGCUCUUCCGCCAAAGAUUCGAAAGACGAAACCUCCGAACGCGAAGGAGGAGGAGCAGCAGACUCGCAUGAUCAAAAGCCCAUCGUCGACACGAAUGACCACAUUUGGUGGAGACCUGCCGGCCCGCUGGAUUGCCCAUGCCAUUGCGAGGCAGACUGCCCGGCCUAUGUUCAAGCCAUUUGCUGCACCACCCCUGGCACAGGUUCAACGGAUCAAGAACCUGCCGCUCCUCCAGCUCAUGAGGUUCUUGCCAUGGUGACUGAAACCGCGGCCGGCGAUCCCGUCUCAGUCCUUGCCGGGAUCAACAUUACCGUCUUCGACAGCUUUAUCACCAUGGACUUGGUGCAGGGUCUCGAACGCGCCAGCGAAAUCUCCGCCAACAUUGACCUCAAGAUAUUCGAAAUCACUCUACCUGUCGUCGUGGGUCCCAAGGGCAAAGAACAGACCCUCAAACACAGUUUCCAAGUCAUUGAUGGGUCGAAGUUGUUGGAGAAGGAACAGAUCAUGUUGGGUCUGGGCUUCAUGGCCAGGAUCGAUGCGCUUGCUGUCAAGGAGGAGUUCUUGACGCCUUUGGAAGAAGGUUUACCAGUUCUUACGGGGACGAAGUCGUGA